AUACAAUUAAGAUGGGCGAUACAAGUCUGAAAUAAAUUAUACGGUAUUAUUAAGAAAAUUUCUACAUCCAUCAUGUAUAACUCGGAAUACAAAUUAUGAUAAAACAUCUACAUCCAAGAAAAUGAAUAAGUAAAAGAGUCAUAUUUUUGAUUGAAUAAUUGAUCUCAAAGUAUUUCUCAUUUCGUCACACAAGAUGAUACUAUAUUGGUUUUGCGGUUAUUCAUCUCAUAGAAAAUUAAAUUGAAAUGCAUCCAUGAAAUUAAGUAUCUAUGAACAUCAAAAUUUAAUCAAGCCUGAAGGUCUGUGUUGUAUCUCGUUCUCAGUCUAUUAAUUGACAUUGAAACUACUUUCCCUUUACGUCGUCUAACAAAUCAGUACUUCUCAAAGAGUAGAAGAUUAAAAAAAGACCAAUGAAGAUUAUUGAAGUCAAGUGAACAAUUUUAAUAAAAUGAUAUACUGGUUCAUAGCAGCGUUGCUAAAUAUCAGUCUAUUAUUAAAUUGUGUGGAAGCGGAACAAGGAAAAAAUAUGUCAGUACUAUUUGCCAAUUAUAAAAGCAAGUACCACAGGGUGUACAAAAGUAAAGAAACCGAACAAACAGCGUAUCAUAAUUUUAAACUGAAUUAUAAAAAAGUUAAUGAACUUAAUGCUAAUGAUAAAUUGCAUCCUUCUUAUGAGCUAACGAGAUACGCUGAUCUUAAUCCUUUCACUAUAAAUCAAGCUUUUCAACUAGAUAUUCAACCAUAUAUAUAUAUCAGGAAUAUGACAAAACAAGCUAAGGCAGCAGCAAGGAUAGCACAAAGUUCUAAGAAAGAAGAUAGUCCAAAGGAUUAUGGAUUAUACAAAACAUUGUUUAAAAAGCUUGGGGAGGAGAAAUCGUCACAAAAGUUCGAAAACAUUAUGAACAAUUAUAACUAUAUAAAGAAGGUAGCAGAUCUUAAAAAGAAAUCAACCAUAUUUAAUUUUGAAUCUCGUCUAAACAGUAAAUUGUUCUCUGGUAGCCAUAAUCAUGGUAUUGUCAACGAUGGUGAUGUUAAUGAUAACGAAACUAUGUCCUUUAAAGAUUUAUUGACAAAACGGUUUUACAACUAGCAUUGUUUUUUUUUU